AUGAAAUUCCAAUAUAAAGAAGAACAUUCUUUUGAAAAGAGAAAGACCGAAGGCGAAAAGAUUCGCAGGAAGUAUCCUGAUCGUGUUCCGGUAAUUGUUGAGAAAGCCCCGAAGGCCAGGCUUGGAGACCUCGACAAGAAGAAAUAUUUGGUACCGUCCGAUUUAACAGUUGGACAAUUCUACUUUUUGAUCAGAAAACGCAUUCAUCUUCGACCAGAGGACGCCUUGUUUUUCUUUGUCAACAAUGUCAUUCCUCCAACAUCAGCCACAAUGGGAUCUCUGUACCAAGAGCAUCAUGAUGAAGAUUUCUUUCUCUACAUAGCAUUUUCUGAUGAAAAUGUUUAUGGAUAUUAA